CCUCCUCCUCCUCCUCCUCUCAUAGAAACCCUGCAGCUCAGUCAGCCGUGCUUCAGACGCUCUCUGCCGCUAACACCAGUUUCCAGUCGAGCAAACACUGAACUCUGCUGCUCCAACUUUGGUUUACACAACUUUUUUCGGUUUCGAUACCAUGCAGGAUAAAGCACAUUGACCUUUGAUAUUCGUCCAAAUGAGGUUUGUUUUACGGCAGCGCAGGUACAAUGACCGCAAUGUGCAGCAGAUCGACUGAUUAAAAGUGAGAGAUCAGUGUUCUACAGUGCUGCAGUGUUUGCACUGUGACCUGUAGGUUCGGACACAGAUAGUGAAGAGGACAGAGCCAAUCUAGCACCAUGGAUAUCGGCAAUGAUGUGGAUUUGUCCAAUAAAAACAUCACCCCAUUGUGGAAACGCCGCACAGACAACUGUAAAAAAACGCACGACUUAAGAGGACCCAAACCGCGACCGCUCAGUUACCACAUAAAUGGGGUUAUGACAACAGACUUCCCUUUGGAGGACAAUGGUUCCCUUACCUUGAGCCAACCUGAGGAGAGACUCACAGCUCUGACAUGGGGCAAGAACACUGCUGUGUUGAAGCACAUUCUGCACAAACCCUUAAAAAAAUCCAGAGUUGUCCGAAGCAUUAGCAUCGGGCACUUCUCGACCGGACUAUUUUCACUGUCAAGAUUUAGAUCUGAGGAAAGCAGAUCCGCCUCACUGGACAAUAGAGUUCGUAAUGUAGACUGUGGCGGGGAAAAUAACAGUAAUGGAGUAACAGUAUGGCAGGAAAAGGGACUUCAGGAAACCCAGAAACGCAGGUCCAGCCCGUUCAGUGUGUUCUCACAGAAAGAUCAGAUAGCAUUUGGGACAAGUCCAGCCUCACCUGAAGAGCUUCCUAUCAACUCUUCUCCUGUCCUGUCUUCACGCACUCCUAACAACAACAACAGCCCCUCUCCUCCUGCCCGGCGCACUCCCACCCCUUCCUACAGCUCCACUUCCAGCAUCCCCUCCCUUUCUUCUCUAACCUCCUCAGACCCACCGACCCCACGCUCUGCAUCGCCAGCAGACAGAGGACAAGCGCUCCCUAGACAGUCCUCAUUCUCGCCUGCCUCCUCCCAUGCCUCUUGCUCUUCUUCCAUGUCCUCCACCUCACCCUCUCCCUCACUUUCCCCAUCCAUCUCUCCCUCCAUCGUCCUCAGCACCCACAGUGCGGCUGCCCUGAAGAUGGGCACCCAGCAGCUAAUUCCCAAGGGUUUAGCAUCCGGUAUUCGGAGCAAGUUGCCUCCCUCUGAGCCUCAAGUCCAAGGUUUGGUGGUGCUGCCUGGGUUGGAUCACACCAAGCGAUCAUUGAAAGCUCUCAGUAUGGUAGAAACAGGAUCCUUCUUUUCUACUGCAACGGGCCACGGUGAAGGUGCUGACGGAGAAAGUGAGAAUCCAGGGACACUAAAUAGAGGCCUGAGGAGUACGUCCUAUAGGAAAGCUUGUGUGAGUGUAGAGGACUCAGAGGUCCCAUCGAUGGAUCCAAAAGCCCAUCAGUUUUCCCAGCCUGUCAUCAAAUGGCUGGAUGAGGAUAAGAUAGCUUCACCCGUCAGCCUCACUAGCCCUGGAACUGCCAAGCCUACGAGUCCUGGGACUCCCAAACUUGCCAGCCCCAGGAUUUUAAAACCUGCUAGCCUUGGAAAAGAAAAGCCUACAAACACUGGAAAAAACAAAAGUCUAGAUAGGAAGAAAGUAUUGACCCAUCAGCGGACGUUUGACAGUGAGGAGGAAGAGAUGUACCAGAACUACAAGGAGAAGGCCUUACACAAUGAUUCAGAUGAGGAUGCAGAUUCUAGAGAACCAAAACCAGAUAACGGCAUUGUGGUGCAAUACAGACCUAUACGCACCUCCUGGAGCCAGCUGAGUGUGGUCAAAAAAAGUGGUCUUUCUGACAAGUUGAGUCAAGAGGAACGCAAAAGACAAGAAGCCAUCUUUGAGUUGAUCUCCUCGGAGCACUCUUACCUCCACAGUUUGGAGAUCCUGAUCCGCAUGUUCAAGAACUCCGCAGAGCUCAGAGAGGCCAUGACCAAGACCGAACACCACCACCUCUUCUCCAACAUCACCGACGUCUGUGAGGCCAGCAAAAAGUUUUUUAAGGAAUUGGAGGAAAGACACCAACAGAACAUUGUGAUCAAUGACAUCAGCGACAUUGUUGACAAGCACUCACAAUCCAACUUUGAUCCUUUUGUGACAUACUGCUCCAAUGAAGUCUACCAGCAGCGAACCCUGCAGAGGCUGGUGUCCAAGAAUCCCGUUUUUAAGGAGGUGCUCACCAGGAUAGAGAGCCACCCAGACUGCAGGAACCUCCCCAUGAUCUCCUUCCUUAUCCUGCCUAUGCAGAGGAUAACACGUCUGCCCCUACUCAUGGAUACAAUCUGUCAGAAGACACCUAAAGACUCGGCCCAAUAUGAAGACUGUAAGAAAGCUUUACAAGCUGUCAGCAAGGUGGUAAGAAAGUGUAACGAAGGAGCGCGCACUAUGGAGAGGACAGAGAUGAUGUACACCAUCAACUCUCAGCUGGAGUUCAAGAUCAAGCCUUUUCCCCUGGUCUCAUCCUCCAGGUGGAUGGUAAAGAGAGGAGAGCUGACUGCAUUUGUAGAGGAUAAUGGUAUCUUCCUGAAGCGAACGUCACGGCAACAGGUCUAUUUCUUCCUCUUCAAUGACGUCCUGAUCGUCACUAGGAAAAAGAGCGAGGAGAGCUACACUGUGAUCGACUACGCUCUGAGGGACCAGAUCUGGGUGGGAUCCUGCCAGCCGGAGGAUCUCAACCUGUCACCGGUCAGAAGCACCGCCAGCAUGCUGAGCUCACGGCAAGCUGGCGCCAACCACCUUUUCCGUCUGCGUUUCCGUAGCAACCAUUCCAGUGAAAAAGUGCCCAUGAUCCUUGGGACGGAUUUGCUGAAUGAGCGUGCCCGAUGGAUCAGCGCAUUGGGCCAAAACGUCAACAACAACAAGAGUCAGGACAAAACCUAUGUCAUGCAGGUGGAGGUGACCAGAACAUACACAGCCAAGCAGCCAGAUGAGUUGUCCCUGCAGGUGACUGAUGUGGUGCUGGUCUCGCAGACUGUAGAAGAUGGCUGGUAUGAGGGUGAGCGACUGCGUGAUGGAGAAAGGGGGUGGUUCCUCGCUGAGUGUGCCGAACCAAUCACAUGCCAGGCCAGCAUUGAGCGCAACAUGCAGAGGAUGGAUCGCCUGCAGGGGUUGGAAACUAACGUGUGAGCAGGAUGACUCCGGUGAUUAAACCACAGAGGACCUUUCUCACCCUUUGACUCACCAGUGACCUGCCUUUUUAAAACUAAAACCCAGACGUAUUAGUUCAGUAACAGCAGCAGUGACCGGCCUUCAGGGACUAAAUGGAACAAACUAGACUUUUCUUACAGUGAUUUAAAGAUGAACCCAUUAUUCUUAAGGCUUCUGCUCCACCUCCACUAAAUAUCAGGCAUGCUGUCUGAGUUUCAAAGCAAAGAUUGUUCAGAGCAAACUCAGCAGGAGAGCAGAUUUCCUCAAUUACUGAUCAUCAGUCCCUUUGUGGGUGGGAUCCGUCACAUUCAUUAAUUCCCCGUUUGGUUGGAAAACACCCACUGCCCGAGUCACGGCUUUCAACACCCUGCUGCAUAACGAGUGUUGGUGUGACAUUUGUAAAUGUUUUAUUUUUUCCAAACAUAUUUCUUCUUGUGAUGUGCAAUGUAAUAAUGACACUACAGUACCGCUAUAGGUAAAGUAGACCAAACAGUGUGAAAAUAACUGCCAAAUGUGAGCUCUGUUAAUGAGGAUCAGGCCUUGUGAUUAGGAGCGUUGCCAGUAACAAUGUGACUCUGAUUGUUGAAGUGAUAACAAGGCAAGACGGUGGAAUUGGCAGCUUCCGACAGUGUGUGGGCUAGUGAAGAAAUUAUUUCAGAAGCAUCUGAUGGCAAGUGAGAUGAUUAUAAUUAUAUUUACAAGAAAAUACAAUAAGAUUUAAGUUGAGCUGCAGGACAAAAACAAAUGCAACUUUUCCGAAUGCCAAUGUAAAUAGAAUAAUUAAUAAUUAAUUUCAUAUUAAGAAUUACAGUCCUCUUUACUAUCAUAUGUCAUCCGCCGCUUAGGCAGAAGGGCCAAGUAUCUGUUCUCUACCUUGCCAUUUGUCACCAGUUAAUGUCAUCACCAUGAAUCAGACUUUACUCUUGUGUCACAAGUGCCAUUUUCCCUCCAUCCACUCAAAGAUUUGGACAGCCUGAAAUAUCACACACAUUAGAUGCCAGCCAGGGGUGUGUAUAUAAAUAUUCCCCUUAGGAUUUAUAUCUGCGAUGCUAGAGGCAAGCUGAAAUGACUGUGUGUGCUGAUGGUGAGAGCAACAGUCCUGCCCUGCUUUUAAUGUGAUUGUCCAGUGUGAGUCAUCUUUUUAGUGUUGCCAUGCCCAGCCAAAGUAAAUGAAUGGCUUGGUCAGAGUGUGGUGAUAACACAACCUAUCAAUCCCAACACUCUGGCCCAGCCCAAAUGACAACCACAACCACUGGUGAGCUGCAUGAAGCGAGGUAUGACAGGUAUGGCAGAGCCUCCAGCUGGAAGGACCCGAGUAUAGAUGAAGCUUUGCGUUUGCACUCAGGGAAAAUGAAAUGUGUUACCACACAUCUAAGCAUAUUUUUUUAUUUUAUUUCAAUUGCUUCCUUGACUUGUAACUAUUGUAAAUCUGUGAACAUGUAAAUAUGUAAAACAGCCUGAAUUGUAACAUGUUUUUUUUAAAAUACAGAUUUAUAUUGCAGAAACUUGUCUUGUCAACUUUAUGAAUUUCAAUCAGCCACUAUAAAUAAAAGCUGGAUUGCUUUGAGCCUGUCAUGGACUCUCAACAUGACAUCUCUUUUCCCUAAGCACCUAUGAUAGAUAGACCAAAGAAAAUGACUACUUGUAUUCAUCAAGUGAACUAAAUAAAUCAACCAUGAGUUCUCUGGACAUUCAGUGCAGAUACAUCAAGAAGGUGCAUAAAUCCCUGAGCCAAUAGCACGUUUGAGAUUUGGGCUUUUAAAUCAAAUAUGCAGCCGUGUGCUGCUGAAGGUUUACAGCUAUGCAGGUGUUCCUUCCAACCAAAUACUACCCAGGUGAUGUUAGUGAUUGCUCUCUCAAAGCUCUGAAGAAAUUGUGCAAUCCCACAUUCACUCAGAAAAAUUCCAUUCCAUGGGUAAUGGUUAUUUUGUGUUUGAAUUCCUACAAUUGUACAGCACAGCAGGGCAGAUUAAACUGACCCAGACAUUUUG